CAUGCAUUCCUCCAUAUCAAAUUCAUUGAAAUGAAAUUAGUAAUUGGGGAUGAUGCCUAAAUCAUCCCAACCUCCUUACAUUUCAUGUUCCAAUAAAUAACACUGCCUCACCUUCCUAGUUCCUCCUCUUUCUAUAUAUAAUAUCCAACCUCAAACCAAAUCAUACCUAUUCUCCAGUUUCUUCUACUCCCACACACUGCUUCAUCCUACACUACAUUAAGCACUCAAAUAACUAAACCAAACCAAAACCAUUUCCUUCACUCACUCCACACACAACCAAAUUCAUAACGGUUACAAACGCAAAAUGGACGCUGCCACUUCCACGGACGAAACCACCACCACCAGCGAAUCUCUUUCCCUUCCUCCCAACCAAUCUCCGCCUCCUCUAAUCCGCAUCGAACCCGACGCUGUUUCCGGCGAGGCCGAAUCCCGCAAACUUCCGUCCUCCAAAUACAAAGGCGUGGUGCCGCAACCCAACGGUCGUUGGGGCGCUCAGAUUUACGAGAAGCACCAGCGCGUUUGGCUCGGUACCUUCAACGAGGAAGAUGAAGCCGCCAGAGCCUACGACAUCGCGGCGCAGAGGUUCCGCGGGCGCGACGCCGUCACAAACUUCAAGCCUCUUGCCGGAGCAGGCGACGACGCAGAGUCCGAGUUCCUUAACUCGCAUUCCAAGUCCGAGAUCGUCGACAUGCUGCGCAAACACACCUACGACGACGAGCUCCAGCAGAGCACACGCGGCGGAAGGCGACGCCGCGACGCCGAGGCCGCCUCGUGCGGCGCGUACGAUGUGAAGGCGCGUGAGCAGCUGUUCGAGAAAACAGUCACUCCCAGCGACGUCGGCAAGCUGAAUAGAUUGGUUAUACCGAAGCAGCACGCGGAGAAGCACUUCCCGUUGAGCAGCGGAUCCGGUAGCGGAGUCUCGCCGCGCACUGUUGCAGCGGCGGCGGCCAAGGGAGUGCUGUUGAACUUCGAGGACGUUGGAGGGAAAGUGUGGCGGUUCCGUUACUCGUAUUGGAAUAGUAGCCAGAGCUACGUGCUUACCAAGGGAUGGAGCCGGUUUGUGAAGGAUAACAAUCUGAGAGCCGGUGACGCGGUUCGGUUUUUCAAGUCAACCGGACCGGACCGGCAGCUUUAUAUAGACUGCAAGGCCAGGAGCGGUGGCGGUAUUUGUGAGCUUAAUAACAAUAAUGCUGGAGGUUUGUUUGUCCCGGUGGGACCAGUUGUUGAGCCGGUUCAGAUGGUUCGGCUUUUCGGGGUGAACCUUUUGAAACUACCCGGUUCGGAUGGUGUCCGGGUUGGCUAUGAGGGGAAGCGGAAAGAGAUGGAACUGUUUGCAUUCGAAUGUAGCAAGAAGUUAAAAGUAAUUGGAGCUUUGUAACAUUAAUGUUUUUACGUUUGUUUUUGUGAAUUUUGUAACUGUUGAAUUGUUGAGAGAAAGAUUGAGGAGUUAGAGCAGGUAGAUUGAUGGAUGGUGGCCAUGUUUCAAGUUGCCACUUGUAACAAAAGGUGUAUAUUAUCAGAGAAAAAGAAAAA